AUGUCCUUCAGCCUCCGCGGUAAACACUGCGUCAUUACCGGAGCCACUGGCGCAAUCGGUUCCCGUAUAGCGAUUGCAUUUGCCCAACGUGGCUCCGUCGUCACCCUCCUCAGCCGAUCUGCACCAGAUGCCCGGCUCAGCCUCGAACACCAACUCGCUCCGUAUAAGCCGGAGCAGGACCGCAAAGACAUGGGCGAUGAGUUCCCAGAGGCGCACCGUUUUAUGCGCCUAGACGCUACCAAAACUUCCACGUUCAAGGGCUUCUUUGGUUCCUCUGUUGGUCCUGUUGAUGUCCUCGUUAACUGUGCUGGCGUUAGCCAGACUUCAUUCAUCAAGAGGACUUCUGACGAGGAUAUUCAAAAUAUUCUGAACACAAACCUUCAGUCUGCAAUCCUUGCUUCCAAAUACGCCAAGAUGAAUCCGCAUGGAUGCAUCAUCAAUGUCUCGAGUCUUAUGGCUAACAAAAAUGGAGCUGGUGCUUCAGUGUAUGCCGCAUCAAAGGCUGGCCUGGUCGCUUUCACCCGUGCCCUAGCUACCGAGUAUAGUCCUCGCUCUAUUCGCGUCAACGCCUUGCUACCUGGUUGGAUAGCUAGUCCAAUGUGGGAUCGUGAGUUUAUCCUUCCUUUCGCCUUGCCAAAAACACGUUUUAGGCGCCUGUCGCCCAUGUGGGAGGAGAGCAAUGUUAAUGACAGCCUGAAGAAGUGGCGGACGCUGCUGUCUUCCUGGCGACGAAUCGUUUUGCAAACAACUGCGUUCUGA